AUGAAAGCCUUGUUUCUCACCCUCGUGUUCGGCCUGGUCACUGCCCUGCAGGCCCAGGACCCCCUGUCCUUCGCUUUGGAUGGACCGGAUAACACAGAGACAUGGUUCGUGAAGGCCAUGGUGAUGAACAAGAGCCUGCCUAAGGAGAAGAGGCCCAAGGAGAUGCCCCCCCUGACGGUGGAAGCCCUGGAUGGGGGGGACCUGGAGCUCUCGUUCACCUUCAUGAAGAAGGGCCACUGCCACGAGAGGAGGAUGGUGAUGCAGAGAAUGGCGGAGCCGGGGGUCUACAGCAUCUCUGGGGACAGGUACUGCAUGAAGGUGGAGCAGCUGCCCGUGGAGGGCCACUACAUCAUGUACUACGAGGACCGGCGCCGCAGGGAACUGUUCCACGUGGGCAAGCUCAUGGGUAGAAAUCUCGAUAUUAACCCAGAAGCCCUGGAAGCUUUUCAGAGAUUCAUUCAGCGCAAGGGAUGGUCACCGGAGGACAUCUUCAUGCCCGGCCAGAUGAAUGAGCUUUCUCGGGAGUCCGAGAGUGGUGGCGGCAGGUGA